AUGGAUGAGGAACCAGAAAGAACCAAGCGAUGGGAAGGUGGCUAUGAAAGAACAUGGGAGGUUCUCAAGGAAGACGAGUCUGGAUCCCUAAAAGCCACAAUCGAUGAAAUUUUAUUUAAAGAUAAAAGAAAAAGAGUUUUUGAGCAUCAUGGACAAGUUCGACUUGGUAUGAUGCGACACUUGUAUGUUAUCGUUGAUGGGUCAAGAACAAUGGAAGAUCAGGAUCUGAAACCUAACAGGCUUACGUGCACACUGAAGCUGUUGGAAUAUUUUGUUGAUGAAUAUUUUGAUCAAAACCCAAUAAGUCAGAUAGGCCUCGUAAUAACAAGAAAUAAACGGGCUGAGAAGCUGACAGAGCUUGCUGGUAAUCCCAGACAGCAUAUAACUGCCCUGAAGAAAGCUGUAGACAUGACCUGCAGCGGCGAGCCAUCUCUUUACAACUCCCUCAGCCUUGCACUGCAGACAUUGAAACACAUGCCUGGCCAUACCAGCCGUGAGAUCCUGGUGAUUUUUAGCAGCUUGACAACAUGUGAUCCAUCCAAUAUUUAUGAUAUGAUAAAGUGCCUGAAGUCCAGCAAAAUCCGGGUGUCUGUCAUAGGUCUCUCGGCUGAGGUUCGGGUCUGCACUGUGCUCACUCGGGAAACUGGUGGUGCUUAUCAUAUCAUCCUGGAUGAGAGUCACUACAAAGAGCUCCUGAUGCACCAUGUCAGCCCACCUCCAGCAAAUAACAGUUCUGAAUGCUCUCUGAUACGAAUGGGUUUCCCUCAGCAUACCGUGGGUUCCCUGUCUGAUCAAGAUGCAAAGCCUUCUUUUAGUAUGGCGCACCUGGAUAACAAUAAUGAGCCUGGCCUGACAUUAGGAGGCUACUUCUGCCCACAGUGCAAAGCAAAGUAUUCUGAGCUCCCCGUAGAAUGCAAAGUCUGUCGCCUUACAUUAGUGUCUGCUCCGCACUUAGCACGGUCGUACCACCAUCUUUUUCCACUAGAUGCUUUCAGAGAAGUUCCCACAGCAGAAUAUGAAGGGGAAAACUCUUAA